AAGUUCGAAAUUAAUAGUGAGUCUGAGCUUUGACAGGAGCAUCUCCGCGUUGCUGUGUAAGUAGCUAUAGCUAGUUGUUACAACUAUUCUCUUUAAGACAGGAAGAUGAGAGCAUUAACACUGCUGAGUGCACUCCCUUUGAUUACCUUACGUAAGUAACAAGAACAUAAUCUUUCGGGGCUUGUUGUCUCCCUCGUUGAGUUCUUCUGGGGACCUGCUACACUGCUCUCGUUUAUAAUUUGAGUUCCAGUUCCUUUGUCAACAUGCAACUCGAGGAUUUUCCAAAUGGGUUGCCUCCGGAAACCUUUGCUGCGAAGUUGCAUGCAGCGACGAAGAGCGGCGAUUCAGAUGAGGUUCUCAACUUACUGCAGAGUAUAGGCGCGGCUCCGUCAGCGUCUUCUUCAUCUGAGUGUAUGACCAAGAAAGGGCCUGCAAGAACUAAUGAGGUCCCACCUGCAGGAUUGACUCUAUUGAACUACUCGGUCGAUGCUCCUGAUAUCGAUCUCUACACGCCGUUGCACCGCGCAGUGGAGAGUGGCCACGUUGAUGUCUGCAAGAUCUUGCUAGACGCAGGCGCCGACGUGAACGUAAGCCAUCCAGGUCUCGAUGGUUGGACGCCUCUGCACUUGGCAUGCUGGCAGAACGAGCUCGCAAUUAUCGACUUGCUAGUCCAGAGAGGUGCAGACGGGGAGGCGAGGGAUUGGUACUAAGAAAGCUUAUGCUUAGGAUGAUCUGAUGAUGAUGAUUAUGAUGAUGGUGCUUGUGAGGAUCAGAUGAUAUCUGAUGAGGAUGAUAUCUGAUGAGGAUGAUAUUUUUUUAAUGAUGAUGAUGAUGAUAGCGGAAAUGUCAGAAGUUUAGUGGGCUAGAACUCCUAGCAGAACUAGCUUGAGGAAGCUUAGUUUAGAACUUAGAUCUUUUCGCUAAACGCGUCUGUGUCUACGCGUCAUAUAAUUUGUUUUCAUUCAUGUUUGCGAUUUUCACCGUGGUAGUUUUUUCAAAAAUUCGAGAACAGCCAAAAGAGUCAAACUGGUGAAAAUGAGGUGCGUUUUCACCAUAGGUACGCUAAUACGGCUCGCGAUCUCGGUGAAGAAGCGACGCAAGCACACGUCGGCAGGCUACUCGAUGCCAAAAAGGCGAGUCAGGCACAGGCUGGGAUAGUACGCGUAGGGGCUACCACUGCAAUAAAGGGACAGGGAGGAGGUGCCACUGGCACUGCCAACAAGAUGAACGACGGGUCAGCAGCAGCACCAGUAGUACGCGAAGAUGGGGCUGAAUGGAAGGCACAGAAUUUAACAGCACCCUGCUCCAUGACGGUGUCAGAGGUACAGGCAAGAAUGAUAGAGUUUUCUAUAAAACACUGUCAAGAAAACGACAUAGGAGGAGAAUGGCAACCGAAGUGA